AUGCGAAAGCAUGCCCUUGGCACCUGCUUACUCACUUCUGUUUUCCUCCUUGCUCGCACUCAGCCUCCAUGCACCUGGCAUGCGACAGAACCCUGUUACUUGCAGCUGGGGAGUAUUUUUGAGUAUCGCCACAGAGACUCCAACCGUGAUGGAUUCCUCUCGGACGCGCUGGAGCACGAUUGUGACGGGAGGAGGUUGCAGCCUUACCUAGAUGCGGUCAACCGCUUAAACGGUGGGAAAGGCUUCAUGGUUCAUUCAGCUGGCUUGGAGAUUGCUCAAUCCACGCCCUAUGAGAAAUACUAUUACCAGCUGAACUAUACACGGCUUGCUUUUGACAACUGGACGCAUGGUGAAGCCUUGAGCAGGCAGCAUUUUCCCAGCUGGUCCUACAUUGCGGGUAUGGGCAACGGCUGUCCUGAUGCACUAAUAGUGGAACAGGCCAAGAUUGCCAAUGCCACGGAACGAAUUUGGAUGACCCCACGAGGGCCCUGGAGCCAGAUGUCACAGGCAGCUGGAUCAUUGCCAUGGGCUUUCAGCUCCCACUUAGACUCCUCAGAUUAUGCCAAGGUCUCGGCUCAGCAAUUUGCUUUGAAAGGUGCGAAAACCGCGGCGCUCCUUUCCUAUUGCUGCGACAACAAGUUCUUGGAUGGAGUUCGCAUGGGAACGAAGAAACAUCUGGAGAAUGCCGGAAUCGUGAUCAAGCUGCACGACAGUAUACGGACUGAAACAGCAGCCUCCGACAUAGAGAGAGCUGUCGAACGCCUCGUUGCCAUGAAAGUAGAUGUCGUCUUCACAGCCGUUAGGGGAGCGGAUUUGGGCCCUUUCAUUGCGAGCCUUGAGAAGCAUCGUGAGCUUCAAGUCCCUGAUGGCCUCUUCGCCGUGAACCUGCCUUGGCCGCGAGAGGGUGCUCUAUGUUUCAGCUAUGGAGAGAGAUGCAAGCACUUGGUUACAGGCGCGCAGACCAUCGCCUUCCCCAACAUUACUGACUCUCUUCGGGAUGGAGUCCUCGGCCUCACGGGAGCGGAAUACUCGAAUCUCCCCGGAGUUCCCGGUGAUUACAACUUCGAGGUGGGUCUGUCUGCAUUUCUCCAAGCAGUCCAGGCUGUCUUCCAGUAUCGCGAAGUCAAAGAUCCGACGAAUUUGCUCCACUCGGUGGCCGACCCCGAUGUCUACACAGCAGUGCGCAAGCUCAUACUCUCCGGCGAGGACUUUGGACAGACCUUUGGUGGCCCAGCCUCCUUUAGCCCCUUGGGACAGAUAAACGGGAUGGAUCCGCCAACAGCGACCCUAACGGGUCCCGUCGAUCUACCAGUCCUCUUCCCAACCGAAUUUGCGCAGGCUCCUUUUGAGUUCCCUGUGCCGGCUGCACGAUCCUGUGCGCCCAACUUCUACAAGGUCUUCCAAAAUCAGAGCAGCUGCCCGCUUUGUGCUGCAGAUUGCAUCCCGUGCCCUCCGCACAGCCAACGACUGGAUCCUGUCGCCAAAUGCAGCUGCAAGGAGCUGUACUACGAAUCGAACAGUUCCGAAUGCAAAUUGUGCCCUGAGGGCGUGAUAUGCCCAGGUGCCUCUGUGCUGGAGAACCUGAACCUCUCGCGGGGCUUCUGGCGAGCUGGCCGCUUUGUAGAGGAGAUCCUCCCAUGCAGCGUAGAUGCUUGCACAGGUGGCAACGUAGUCGGAGACGAAGGUUGUGAGGAAGGCCACAUGGGCCCCCUUUGCUCAGUCUGUUGGCCGGAACAUUUCUAUGAUCUCAACACGAAGAAAUGCUCGCCCUGCUCCUCCAACGGUGCAUUUUGGGGACCGCAACAGUGGCUGGUGUCCUUCCUUGCGCUGUUUCUGGUGGCUUGGGUCUGCCUGCGCCAGGGGAUCAAAAGGGCUCUCACGAGGAUGGUAGGCAAAGGCAAUGCGCAUGCCAAGCUGAAAGAGAUCAACACGAAGCUCAAGAUCGUAGUUUCGCUUCUGCAGGUGCUGAACACGAUCCCCGGAGUCUUCAGAUUCGUCACGUGGCCGGCUGCACUGUUGCAAUUCAUGGAGGUCUUGAGCAUGUUCAACCUCUCGAUCUUCCAAGUGGUUCCAGCAGACUGUGUCCACCCGAACACUUUCUACGAUCGCCUUUUGGUGACGACAUUACUGCCCAUCAGCUUGUGGGUGAUCCUUGCAUUGAUCUGCCAAUUGCGUGUGUGCUGGCUGAAGGCUCAGUCGCAACAACGUGCUGAAAUCCAGUCCGGCUUCUUCGGUGUGGCAUUGAUGGUGGCGUACUUGGUACUCCCUGCAGCGUCGAGCACCAUCUUUGACACUUUCAAGUGCCAGUCCUUCGACUUGGAUGACGGGCAAGUGGGAAGAUUCCUGCAGGCAGAUCUGGCCAUCAACUGCGACACGGACAUCCACCAACACUACAUCGUCUACGCAGCCUGUAUGACAGCAGUCUACCCAGCGGGCAUUCCCAUUUGGAUGGCAAUAACGUUGUGGCGACAUCGCAAGGCGAUCAACCCUGAGGUGAGCCAGGAGGAGAUCUGGAAGGCCCAGGAGAUUCUGGAGAGCUCCUUGAAAGGAGGUUUCUUGCAAUCAAGUCUCUCCAGGACUGCCUCAAAGAUCUCCAGGAUUGCUUCCAACCUCUCCAGGAGCUUCUCGAGGAGUUCCAAUGUGUCCACUUCUCUUCAGAGCAAGGAGAGCAGCCGAUACAAGGCUGGGCCGAAGGAGUGCAGGGAGCUGGCUACCAUCAUGAAGCGGGAUAAUGAUCCGACGAUCAAGCACUUGCUCUUCAUCUUUGACGAUUAUAAGCCAAGUUGCAUGUACUUCGAAGUCUUCGAAAGCCUGCGGAAGAUCUUUCUGAGUGGCGCUUUGGCCUUCAUCGCCUCGGGAUCCUGGCUGCAGGUGGUGGUCGGGCUCUUCGCCUGCCAGCUCUCUUUGAAGGUCUUGCAGCGCUUUCAGCCCUACGCAAACCCCACGGCUACGACGACUGCAGAGAUAGCGCAGCAGAUGCUCUUUACGAACCUGGUCUUCGGCCUGUUGAUCCUGUCCUCCGAAAGCGAGGAUCCGGAGGUACUUGGCUGGGACUUUGGGCCAUCAUCCUUGAUGACUUCCCUUGGAUCUGUGGCAGUCAUCGCGGGUUCGCUGGGUCUCAUCGUCUUUACAUUGCUCUUCUCUCUCACCGAGUGGGAGACCUUGCAAAAACCUCUCGAGGAGCCAGGCUCUGGCGAAGGGAAAGAUGCGCUCGCGGACGAGGAGCUGGAUGAGUGGGUCGAAGCGGCUUUUUAA